GGUGGCUUGUUGGUCGCUUCUUGGUGGCUAUGACACGGAUUAUACGACAGAAGCUCAAACAAAUGAAAAAUAUUGUUCUGUGGUCAGAGGAACUCUCAAAUCGAAUACUACCGAAGUGUCCGAAGUAGAAGUGUAAGUUGUAUGAUCGUUGUUAAGAAGACCAAACGAGGAGGGUGAUUGUUAAUUAUUAAGAAUAACAAAUUUAGGAACAGAUCCAGUUCAAGUCAGUAGUCAGUGUAUAAACAAAACAAAUCAGAAGGAAUACUGAAGGUUGUUGAGGUCAAUUGUAAUAAUUACUUAUUACUUUCUCAGAGGAGAGAAACAACAUGAACAAACUUUGCCGCCAAGUUUCUAUCGAGUCACCCGGGCCAGUAAUCAAAGAUUGUGUCUUCAAUUUUGAAAUUCCGGUUCCCAAUGUUCCUCCAAAUGGAGCUAGGAUUCGUGUAGUAUGCGCUGGUGCGUGCUACAGAAUGAGAAACAGAUCUUCAUCUACAUCCAGCGUAUCUUCUAUUAGCAGUGUACAAUCUACAGAAGAUACAGGUUAUGGUCCAGCACAUCAUGGUGUAAGAGAUGGCGCCUUAUUUCCUGGAUAUGAAGUAGCUGGAGUUAUCGAUGAGUUGGAUUCUGCCGUCUCUUCAAAUGACUUCAAAGUGGGAACGCGUGUGAUACUAUAUCCGUAUGAAGGAAUUCCACAUGGAUAUGCAGAGUACAUUGUUGUCCCUGAUCUGGAAUAUCUAGUAAAAGUGCCAGAUUCCUUGCCAAUGAGUGUUGCUGCAAUGUUGCCCACAGGUGCUCUUUUGGCUAAAAACGCAGUCGUCACAGCCCAUCAGCAUGUCACUGACUUAUUAAAAGAUAGGGCCGCUGAUCAUAUCGUAAGAAUCCUUAUUGUUGGUACUGGAGGAUUAGCUUUGUGGGCUCUUAGAAUAGCUGAAUAUCACUUUAAGACCCCAGAAUACAAGGACAGAGUAAAAAUUACUGUUGCUACAUUAAAAGAUGAAGGUCUUAUGAUGGCUGCUGCCGAACUUAAAUGGGUUAACAUUGUCCAAUGGAAUGAAGACUUGUAUGAAAAACAGCUAAUAGAAAGAACCAAAGACGCUUGUAGCGGCCUAGUGGACAUAGUUAUUGAUUUUGGCACUACUUCAAGAUCACUACACAGAUCCUUACAAUGCCUUAACUCGGGAGGUGUAGUUCUGGUUAGUGAGGAAGUGGCUGAACGCCUUCUACCAAAGUUUUCACGCUUGAUUCAGCAAAGAAAUCAAAAAAUUGAAGCAGUCGCUCAAGGGUCAAUUGAACAACUCAAACAAUUAGUCCAAUACGUCGCACAGGGUGAUAUUAAACCACCACCAUAUACCGAAUUUUCUGCCGAAGAAGCAUCAUCUGUAGUUCAAAAACUAUGCAUGUCCGAAAUACCUGGUCGGGCUAUUUUACGUUUUCAUGACGUACAGUAAAGCUUAAGUUGUAUUUGGAAAAGUGACUAUUUAAUAACUAAAUGUUACUCAUAAAUGUUCAUAAUAAUCUUAUUUUUCAUAUUUGAUUGUUGGGAUGUAACAUUGAAUCAUUUACAUAAUAUAUAGUAGAAUGUUGCCACCAAGCUAGAAAUGUAGAGAGUGAUGUAUUGUCGUUACGAGAGAAAUUACCAUGUUUGAAGAAAGUAGUUACACCCAAGUUAACACUUGUAUUUCUACACUACGUUUAGAACUGAUAGUUAAUUUUAGAGCCUUCCAUUACUUUUACUUUGAUUUGACGAAAUGAUCUUGUUUUCACCAAAUAUAUUUUGUGAUUAGUAUUAUUAAAUGUAGAAGUAAGUAUUAUGUAUUUAAUCCAUAUAAAUAGUCUUUCUAGAUGGAAUCGUACUCCUUAAAGAUAUGUGAUAUGUUUAUAUUUUUUAUUAACAUAUAUUUUAUAUUUAUUCUAAAACACAGCAUUUUUAUUUUGAGUUAUUUUGCAUUUUAAAUAAUAACAGACACAUUUAAUAAACGAUUUAUAGAUGUUA